CCAUUGUUCUUCCACAGCCUUAACCUCUCGGGUUAUAAAACCUUCGGGGGGGGGGGGGGGGCACACACAUCUUCGGGCAGCGUCAGCUUAGAAUUAUUAUUAGUGUGAAAUUAUUAAUUAAUUCUUGGCUAGACAACAACAUGGCCUCCGCCGCAGCCGCAGACGGACUCUUCCGGCCGAUCUACGAGGGCUGCAUCUCCGCCUACGACAACGACGUGGAGCGCCGCCCCUACCACAAGAACUGCGGCUGCGCUCUGCACAGCAAGUCGAGGAGGAACAGCAGCAGAGCGUGCAGGCACAAGUUGCCAAAAUGCAACAACGUGUCCUACCCUAUGAGGAGGGCUUGGAGUGAAGGGAAUUUGUCAAUGGUUUCAUCAACAACUUCCACGCAUUCCUCGCCUUCUUCUUCUCCCGCCGCUGGGUUCAGGCCUCAACACGACGAAGAGGGAAAUACUAAAAACAAAUUAGUAGUUUUAUUUGAGAUGAAUAAUUAAAUAAUUAAUUAAUCAAUUAAUGAGUAUUUAAUACUACCAGUACCAGGAUGAUCUUUUUGAUAAAACUCCUAUUUUGUUUUGUUUCCUUUUUCUUUUCUUUUUGUAGUUUUGAAUAAUUCGACUCCGGUUCAGUUGAGGUCUUGUUAACUUUUUUUUUUUAAUUUGACUUGGGGCUCCUGAUUUAGUUUGUUCGGAAUUGGACGACUUCGUUUAUUGUAAUGAAGCUAAUUGAUUUUUUUUUCUUAUUAAUUAUAUAUUAAUUAAUCUUUUUAGGGUA